GAUAUGCAAUUAGGGGAGAAGCUACCGUCACCCCAUAAAUCAUGCAUCAUUUAUUCUUGUAUGGAACCUCCACCUGUGUUCCAUUAUACGACGAGCAAGUUGUAAUGUAUUGAAAAGUCUGCUCUAUAUAUGCACAAUGCAUAAAAUGCCUAUCAAAAUAGUUCAAGCAAUUAUUUUGAGCUUCAUCUAACAUCAUUAGCAGCUAUUCCAUUUGGAAAAAAAAAAUCUUGUGCAUUAUCUUUCAAGCGUGGACCACGAGAGGACCAUGUUCUCAUUUUGUGGGAGUCCCAGUGACAGUGGAAGAGGAUCAGAAGGCUACGAACAGGACAAAGUGGGCAGCAAAAGCAGUUCGCUGAAAAACAAAGAAGUGUUAAAUCAAGAUGACACCUCUUUGUGCACAGAGAAGCCGGAAGCGAGAGCUUGGACGGUAUCGCCAUUGUCCGAGCGGCUCUCCAUUGCAGACAAAUCGGAAGAACAGACGGCCGAGAAGAUCUCGCUGCUGGAAGUUCUUAGCAAGGCCCAUUCGAACCGAGCCGGUCGCUACAACCGAAAUGCAGUGUACGAUGACAUCGCUUUAAGUGACGAUGAGGGAAGAUCGCAAUCCACGCAAAAUGGGAUCAAACAGCGCAUGGAAAAGGUCGGCGGCGUCUCGGAAUACCUUGAUGACUUCACGCCCUCGUCAUUUUUCACUCAAGAUGACCAAUUUCGAGUGAAGCCUAAAGCGCAGAAGGCUAAAGAUGAUCUUUGUGUCGUGGCUUACAAAAACAUACAUAUAGAAGAUGAACUUGCCAACCUCAGAUCAUCGUCAAAGCAACAGCAGGAAGACUGCCUCAAUACCAUCAAGAUGGCCCAAGUGAAUAUUCUCGAGCUGGAACAGGAACUCCAGAAGACCCACGAUCAACUGUGUCAGGAACGCUCUGUAAACACCCAACUGCAGCAAAAACUCAAGCAGCAGACUAAGGAAGACGACGGCAAAAGCAGCAAACAUCUCAAAGUUGAAGAGGAACUCCAACAAGCCCACGAUCAGUUGCGCCAGGAACGCGAAGCAAAUACACAGCAGCGGCAAAAACCAAAGACUCACGACUGCAAGCAAGAGACGACCACGGAAAAGGACUGCAAAAGGAGCAAACAUCGUGAGGAGGAUGUGAGCACAGAGCUGGAAGCGCACAGCAGCAUCCAACAAAAGGAGGAGCACGAAACCCUCAAUGAGCAGCUGGGAGAUGUUCGCCAAGAUCUCCGACUCACCAGCGACAUUGAUGCCCAAAGUUUCUUGGAGUGGAACAACAUGAUUACGGGAUUCAAGUGCGAAGUGACCGUCGCCAAUGCCCGACUGGCCAAGGCUGAGCAACUUCGGUUGGAGAUGGAGAAAGCUCUGCUCCAUGAAAAGGAGGAACAAGAGCGACUGAAGGAGCAACUUGCAAUUGAGAAGGCCAAUCGGGAAGAGACCUUGACCAGCCUGACACAGGAGCUGUCCAAGGCCAAGGCGUACGGCUCCUCCAUGGAGAACGAGCUACUGGAAAGAGAAGCCCAAUACAUCCAAGUUAUGAAAGAAAUGAAGGAGCAAGCAAGUUUUUUGGACGAAAGAAAAGGGGAACUGUGCAUUGCGGCGCUGAGACAGAAGGAAGCUCACGCCGCCGCUGAUACCGUCAGCGAGGAGGUCGAGCAGAGACUGGAGUCGGACGAUCUCAGUCAGGCUUCCUCCGUAAAGCAAGAUUCGGAGGAACCUGGGAAGGAGUCUAACGAGGCCUCCAGGGUGAGUGCUUUGACUUCAAGCAUUACAAAUCUGAUUGUGGUGUUGUCUGAUUAUGUCAAAGCGCAGAUGCUGGCAGACAAAAGCAAUGCCGAGUCCUCCUCCCUCCAUCAGGAUCAGCAGAACAUUGAACCUCCACCUCCAGAGACGGAGGAGGUGGAGAUCAACGAGGAAAAUGAUAGCAAUGGAAGCGGCGAGGUGACGGGGGACGACGGCAAGUCUCAAAACCAGCAGCCGGCCAAUGAAGGACGGGACUGGCAUCGGGACUUUGAUGUGUUCCUGGAUCUCCAGCGAUGUGGUUUUGAAAUGCUGGAGCGAGAGCUGAACACGUUGAAUAACCGCCUCCAGAGCCUCCAGAUUUGGGCUCUCCCGCUGCUCACUUCCAUUGACUGCCACCUCCAGCGGCUUUCGCAACAAGGACCUGGUACAGUCCGGUCCAAGUGGGCCCUGCGAAGAUGGGGCCGCUCAACUAACGACGCGAGAAGAGUGGCUGACGACAGGGCCGAUCUGAUUUCGAAUGAAUAAAGUCUCAUUCAUUGGUCAGGUGUGCACUGACGCUCUGGGCUGUGUUCUAAUAUAGCAACUGACCGAUUAAAACAUCAAAACUGUAUUUUGAGGAGAUCAAAAUAUCUUUCACGCCUGAUAAGCGUAAACGCCGCAGUAUUGGAAUCGGUGAAAUCCGAUGAUUGUAAAGUCAGAUAUUGGUCCACGCGUUCUGAGAACUACCCACAUUCGAUUUGAUGCAACUGACCUGAACGACAAGGACUUCUCGGUCUUGUGUGUCCACUACCAAGUGAGAAGAUUGGAAGACAACUUUAGGGUGUAAAUCGUCUUUGUUUUUAAGACCUGAAAUAAAAAGCACAGCUUCUAACCAAA